UCAUUGUCAGUUAGGUCGCUGGUUUGGUCGGCUGCUCUCUGCUAUUUGCGCGCGUGCGCGCACACUUUCGCUUCGCUUUUACGCGUUCUUCUAAAUGUCUGUUUCUGCGGCUUCAACCUCAAAUGCAAACAGUAGCAGUAAUGAGCCAGUAACAACUAGCGGCAGCACCCUGGGAGCGUCGGAAAACCCAUCUGCAUCGGAUGAGAAAACAUCGCUGGACGCGGAAAACAUUCAAAUUGAGGGAUCGCAAAAUGGCGAAGGAGCCUCUUCAGAACAGCAUGUUGAUGAUGGAGAUAAUGAUGAUAGUGCUACUGAUGUUGGUGCAGCUGCGCCAUCAACAAAUGGCUGGGAGUCACCGCGGCAGGAAGCAAUUAAUGGAGUAGUACAGCCGCGCGUGAUCCCACCGCCAGGUAAGCCCACACGGCAUACAAAUCAAUUGGAAUUCAUGUUGAAGGAAGUUUUGAAACCAGCGAUGCGUCAUAAGCACGCUUGGCCGUUUAUGAAACCUGUAGAUGCUGUACGUCUGGGAUUGCCGGAUUAUCACAAGGUGAUCAAGCGUCCAAUGGAUAUGAAUACCAUCGAAAAACGCUUGCGCAAUUGUUAUUACUACUCGGCAAAAGAUUGCAUGCAAGAUUUUGAGUCCAUUUUUUCCAACUGCUACAAAUUCAACCAAAAUGAAGACGAUGUAUCACUUAUGUGCAAGAAUGUGGAAAAUUUGUACAGAGAAAAAAUGAAGCUUCUACCGCCUCAGGAAGUGGAAAUACCACGUCCAACAGCUAAACGAGCUGUUGGUAAAUCGAAGAAGUCAACGGGUCGUGUUGCAAUCGUUAAAGGAGGAAGCCGUGAAUCGUCUGUAUCUGUACAACGUGGGGCUGCCGACAGCUCAUCGGUUUUGGAUGCUGCAGCAAAUGGAGCUAUUCAUGCUUCUGCAUCAGGUGUUGUAGAUGAUGUCCAUCCAACGUCAUCACAAGCUCCUGUUCAACCUGUUCUUCCUUCGAAGGUUCAGAAAGGUGUCAAACGGAAGGCAGAUACAACAACAUCAUUUGGUGAUGAUGUCGUAAGUGCGAAGAUUGCGACUCGUCGAGAAUCUGGACGACCCCCUAAAAAGCCAAAUUACUUCAUCGAUUAUAAUCAGUUGAAGCCUCGUUUUAAAGGAAAACAAACUGAACAGAUGAAAUUUUGUCAGCGUCUUGUCAAUGAAUUAUUCACGAAGAAGUGCAAAUCGUUUACUUGGCCAUUUCUCGAGCCAGUGGACGUCGAGGGUUUAAAAUUGGAAGAUUACUAUGAUAUAGUGAAGAAUCCAAUGGAUUUGGGAACGAUUAGGAGGAAGUUGGAUGCUAAGCAGUAUGCUACACCGGAAGAACUACGGGCUGAUGUUAUAUUAGUUUGUGAGAACUGCUACAAAUACAACCCCACGUCAGAUCCAAUUCAUCAGCAUGGUCGAGCUCUUCAGAAAUAUUUCGAAGACAAGUGGCACCAAAUGCCUGAGGAGCCAGCAGUAGUUGAUGAGGGGACAGCGGCAACACAGGUGGUGGCAGCAGCGGUCUCCACACCAAUAAGUCAUGUUACACCACCAGCUCAUGUGGUCACAUCCGCUUCCACAAUAGUCAAGGAUGAAUCAGUGGUGCCUGGUCUUCCUCUUGUGCCACUAGAUGUUUCUUCAGGUGUUAUUGACAGUGAUGAACACAUUGAUCUCAUUUUACUUGCUUUGCAAACUGAAACUGCCAAAUGUCAGGAAAAAAUAUCUGAGCUUCAGCGUCAUUCUCAGGAAAUUUUGUCGUUGAGGCUGAAACGAAGGGAAGCUCAAGCAAAUCAUCUGCCGGUCCCGGUUCUUUCGGCAGCCACUGUAGGCACCCUUCAAUCUUUGGUUUCAACACAGUUUUCUUUCAUUGCCAGUAGCCCAACUCCGAUGAUGAAGCCAUCCGCCGCAUUUCCAGCCAGUAGUGGCGGUGCCUCUGUGUCACGCAAAAAACCCGGCCGUCCUGCCAGGACUUACCAACAACAAACCUCAGGAUUAGCUGCAGGACUGCGUACGAAUAAUGUUGCCGCGGAGAUAUCAUCUCAGGAGCGAGAACCGAAGCAAGAAAUGAAUGCACCGGUGAGCAAGGCUUCUGCUCAACGUCAAGUCCAAAAUUCGAUGCAUGUGUCUGCUCCAGGUGUACGUCCUGCGACAGCAGCGGUACCACCACAGGGAACACCUCAAAAACCUCCGGAACAAAAUAUACCAACGUCAGCGGCGCGUAAGCGUGGUCGGCAGCCCGGCUCUAAAAAUAAACCAAAGACGGAUGUGACACAAUCGGGUACACCGGUUACAGAUGCUGCACCACGACAAUCUGGAUCAAGAAGGGUGCGUGAAGAUUAUGACUUCGAUUCGGAAGAUGAACGUACUGCAGAACCAAUGAGUUAUGAUGAAAAAAGACAACUUUCGCUGGACAUCAACAAACUACCGGGUGAUAAGCUGAGCAGCGUUGUCAGUAUUAUUGAGUCUCGAGAACAGCUUCCGGGGUUCAACCCUGAAGAAAUUGAAAUUGAUUUCGAGACUCUUAAGGCGACUACGCUGCGCGAGUUAGAAGCAUUUGUUGCUGCAUGCUUGAAGAAGAAACCGAGGAAACCGUACACACCGAAGUCGCAGAAGGAAGUUGAGAUUAAGAAACGAGAGCUGGAAGAGAAAAUCAAAGGCCUGGGUGGAGUGAUCACUGCAACACCUGUGACUGUAGCACAAAACGGUGCACGAACAGAGCCGACAACCACGGGUAAAGGCGGUGAACCAUCGUCUUCAGAUUCCUCUUCAAGUGAAGAUGACUCAUCGUCGGAUUCGUCAUCUUCGGAUUCCUCAGAUAGUGAAUCAGAGACCACAGGUAAUGCAAAAGUGGAACACCAGGGACAACGUGUUGGUACUGAAAAGUCACAAAGUGCUGAGCAUUCAACGGACAAGAAGGAAACAACAUCAACUACACCAUCUACAAACAGUCAGCAACAGCAGCUUGGUCCUGUAUUGCAGCAUCCUACAAAUCGUCUACAUCUGGGGAAUAUCAAAGAAGAGCAGACGGACGAUGGUAGUGCUUCUUUAGCAAUGACAGGAACCGAGCUUGUUACUGUCAAUUCGAGUAAUGCAUUACCCGUCGCACAGCAGGCACAGGUACAACCACAGCAAGCACAAUUGCAAAUUUCUGGAGGAUCAAUACUUGAUCAGUUGUUACCAGCAAAGCAAAACGAAAUGGAGGACAAAGCUGGUGUGAAAAAAUUAGCUGGAUGGGACACGUUGGCGAAGAAAAGCCAGAGUGGUAGUCUGAAUAUGCAAACAUCAACGCAGUUUGAGUUAUUCCGAAAGCAUGCUAGAGAAAAAGAAGAAAAGCGUAAGCAGCUGAGAGUGGAGGAAGAACGAAGGCGUCGUUUGAAAGAACAGGAAGAAAAAGAGCGUGCUAAGGAUCAGGCUGCAGCCGAAACUGCUGAGAUGGAACAGAGAAAACAAAAUGAACUUUUACGUCAAAAAGAACAAGAAAGACGACGUCGAGAAGCGAUGAGUACAGGUGGUGAUGUCACAAGCCAGAUGGAUUUAAUGCUCAAUUUUGAAGCUAAUUUCUAAAAGUAAUUUCCAAAAUGUGUUCGUGUUUUUCAUGUUUUGCUUCACUUUUUGUGAGUAAUACUAAGCAUUCUGUUGAUAUAAUGUUUACGUGUUUAUAUCAUAAAAUUUUAGCACUGUUUUGAAACUGGCACCAUUUUUAGGCCUUGGUGGCAGGAAAAAGAGGGAAUGGAGUAAUUUCUUGCGGUUUUAUUGAUUUUCUUUCCUUUGAUUAAUUUGAAUAUAUCAGUCUUUUCGUUCUCUUUCCUUAAAAUAAUCGGAC